CGGCUUAUAUGAUUAGAUAUCUCUAAUGAACAUAAUUAAGAACAUAUCCUGUAAAAAUACUUAUAUUCUUAAUUUAGACAGCGCCCGAGAAAAACAUGAUUUCCAAUAAGUUAUUAUUGUUAAUUCUUAUUUCGUCUUUUGCGAUAAAAUUCGCAGAAAGUAGAGCAGUCGCUGUUAAACAUCAAUUUCACAGUGAUGCCAUUCAAACGCAUUGGCCAGAAAUUAAAAGUAACAAGUCCGAUAACGAAGGACAACAAGAGGAUGAUCCUGAUUUUAUGAGAAAAACGUUGAGAAAAUUCGGAGAAAUGGCCAGCAAAAUAGGAAAUUCAGUUGGAUCGGGAACAACCAUAAUUACAAAUGCCAUCGAUAAAGUAUGUGAAGUCGUCAAAACGAUUAUACCGCUAUUGACGGCGGUGUGCCACGUGGGACAGUUCAAAUUUUGCGCGGCCACUACCGGCGCUCCGGAGGAACUAAACCAAGCCCUAACUUCGGGAUAUAAGGAACUUCAGCUCAAUAUUCCAGAUUAAAAAUCUUUCAAUGAUAAACAAUAUUUUAUAGGAAAAUCAAAAUUAGUAGCUUGUAAUGUUUUAUAAAAAAUAAAUAACUAUACCUGUUUGGCAAAACCCAUAUCACA